UGUCAAAGUUUUGCAAAGAAACUUCAAACGUUUUCGUUUUUCGUGAAUUUGCCUAAUUUUAUUGUGAAAACUACAAAUUUUCCGCAUUUUUUCUACCCAAACGAUGCGCUAGUUAGCCCCGCAUUCGCGCUGAAUAAAAUCCGAGUGAACAAUAAUGUCGCUCUUUCGUAAACCGAAGAAACCGAUCCAGCGACGCGUUUUCAGUGGCUACGAUGAUGAGGAGGACUCUGCCACCACCGUAGCAGCCAACAGUUCCGGCCAGCACCAACAUAACAAUGGCAACCGGAUGGAGGUGGACCCAACGCCACCGCCAGCACCCACAAUUUCUUCCAAAUCCAAAAAAGACAAGAAACAUUCGAAGGGUGCUUCGGCAUCUUCGUCUUCGAACUCUGCUUCGGGGCUCUCGAGCAAGCCCAGCUCCAAACUGUCUUUGCUAAGUUUCGAAGAUGAAGAGGAAGGUGAAGUGUUCCAAGUGAAGAAGAGCUCCCAGAGCAAGAAAGUCAUGAAAACGAUGGACAAGGAACGUCGGCGAAAACGGCACGCGGAAAAGAACGGUUCCAAAGAUACGUUUGGGUCAUUGUCAUCGUCAUCGAAAUCAAACAAAAACGGCAAAGAUUGCACUACGGCAGAAGACUCUUCCCAUAAAGAUAAAUUAAAAAAGGAAAAGUGUGAAAGUACUAGUUCUAAUAUCCAAACAGAAAUACGCACUGACGACUUUGUGCUGGUGGUUAAAAAAUCUGAUCCGAAAAAUUUGAUACUUAAUGGGCGAGCGGCUCUGUGUGCCGGUAAAGAUGACGUAUCUUCCGAAGGAGAAGACGCCGAAGAGGAUGCUGAUUCCGCCGGCGAGGGACACCACCGUUUUGCAAAACCGGACAACUUCAAAAUGUAUCUAGAGAACGGUGUCAUCCCGGAUGCUGCGAUGAUUCAUGCCGCCCGGAAGCGGCGGCAGAAAGCCAGGGAGCAAGGUGAUUUCAUACCGGUGGAAGAGCCCAAGGAAGACAAAAGCAAGAAACGAGUGGUUCGCGAGGAUGGUGCCGGGGAUGGAUCGGAUGAGGAUGACGAUCGAAUCGACAUGGCUGCCAUUACCGGAGCCAAAGAACGCGAGGAAAGAAGAGAGCAAUUUUAUUCCGUUCAACGAGAAGAUUCGGCCGAAGAAUCCGAUUUUGAAUCGAAAGAAUGGGAGAACCAACAGAUCCGCAAGGGAGUCACCGGUGCCCAGCUGGUGUCCGCUCAUCAGGAAUCCGUCAUUUCGCAGUACCUCAUUCAAGGUUUUAGUCACGCGUACCAAACCAACGACGAAGAUCAAAUACUUUCCACCGGUGCGCUUCUGGAGCAGGCCUACGCUCGAACCACUGGUCUGUCGAGGGCUAACACCAAAGCAUCCUCGGCUGGGAUGAUUUCGCGUGUCGCUACUGCCAGCAAACAGGAUCAGAAGGCGUCCGGGCCUCGAAUGCCGCAGGAAAUUUUGAAACAACUCAACGAAAGACUGCAAACGACCAGGGAUCUGAACUACAAACAUGUCGCCGACAUUGAAAAGAUCACCCAGGAGGUAAAGGUGCUUAAGUUAGAUCACCUACAGAGUGAACAAAAGGCACCGGCGGCUGCGGCAAAAUAUCGCUUCUAUCAGGAGAUUAAGUGCUACGUCAACGAUUUGGUCGAGUGUUUAGACGAGAAAGUUCCCCAGAUCGUGGUGCUGGAACAGCGAGCGCUAGCUUUGAUGGCAAAAUAUUCGAGCAUGCUGAUCGAACGGAGACGACAGGACAUGCGGGAUCAGGCCAAGGAGAUGGCCGAUGCAGGCAAGAGCAUGAAACGCCAGCAAGACGACCCGGACCGGGUCAGGCGAGCUGCAGAGCGAGAGGGACGCCGGACUAGACGACGGAGAGAUCGCGAGAAGAACGAAACGGCCGAGUCCCAUCGGGACGGGAUGUCUAGUGACGAUGAGGUAGCAGACAUCGAAACGCAACAGUACCGUACCACGCUGAAGGAGAUCGCUUUGGAAGCAACCCAGGUGUUCGAUGACGCGAAUGAAGAGUACAGUGAAGUGGGUACCAUUUUGGAUAAGUUUCAGAGCUGGCGCGAAAACGAAAUGGGUGCCUACAAAGAUGCGUACGUUAGUCUUUGUCUGCCGAAACUGGUUGGACCAUUAAUUCGGUUAAGGCAUGUGCUGUGGAAUCCGGUUAGCGGCGAAGAUGAAUUUAAUUUCGAACGCGAAGACUGGUACCGUAGCUGCGCGCUGUAUGGUCGUUCCCCGGAAGAAACAGAAAGCAGCUUAGCGGAAGACCCGGAUGUCCGUUUGAUUCCCACUCUUGUCGAAAAGAUUGUACUUCCAAAACUGACUGCGUUGAUAGAACAGGUCUGGGAUCCAUUGUCAACGACUCAAACGCUAAAGUUGGUUCGACUAAUAAACAGACUUAGCCGGGAUUAUCCGUCACUUAGGAGAACCUGCAAACAACUGAGAACAUUAUUCGAGGCAAUCCUGGACAAACUUAAACUAGCCGUCGAUAACGACGUUUUCAUUCCGGUUUUUCCUAAACAAAUGCAAGAAGCCAAGUCCUCAUUCUUUCAGCGGCAGUUUUGCAGUGGCCUGAAGUUGCUGCGAAACAUCACCAGCUGGCAGGGUAUUAUAGCGGAUGGUCCGCUGACGGAACUUGCCAUCGGUUCGCUGCUGAAUCGCUACCUGCUGAAUGGAAUGCGCGUCUGCACACCGACCGACGCAAUCAACAAGGCUUCGAUGAUUGUGUACACACUGCCGAGGGUGUGGCUUACAGCGGGCUCUUCUGUCGUUCAGAGUAUGAGCCAGUUUGUCACGAUGCUGCGUCACGUGGAAGCUCAACUGGAUCCGUCGAUUGCAAGCCAUGGGGAGCUAAUCAAAAAAGUUCAGGAUAUUUUGUCUAGUUUGCACGUGGUCACCUAAGAAACAAACAAUCUUGAUAUAGCACGUUGUUCUUCGGACUACCGUUCAUUGGUUGAAUUUUGUAGAUAAGCGUAGCUUAGCGUUUCCACUAAUUGUUUAUAAUCUCAGCAUAGGAAAACAAUGAUAGAACUUGCCAGCAAAAUGAAAUUAAAAACUGACUAUCAAUUUACUUGGGUUUAGUUUCGAACGAUAUUUGUGGGACAAGUUUGACGAAGGCGCGGAAAGUGGUUAGUAUUGAUAAAAUUCUAUCGAGCGAAGUUUUAUUGAGGGAUCCUUCGAAACUACCAUUUGUAUUGUUUAAGGUAAGUUUUAGGUUCGAUUGGUUAUUCCCUCAAAAAUUCUUUCGUUCGAAUUUUUUUCUAAAUACUCCGCUUUGGAACUUGUUUUCACAAAUGACGUGAACCAACGUGUAGUUACGAUGACAUAAACAAUAUACACACAUGUUUGUAAGAUAAUAAAUUGAACAAAGCAAUGGUUGUAAGCUUUGCUAUUAAAAGACAAACACUACUAUUUGAGCAAUCAACGUUCGUACGUUUCUUACAUUGUAUGCUAAAUAUGAAAAUUGGGAAGGAAUAAAAUCAUAAAUAUAUUUAAUAUUUA